AUGUUACAAGAAAAUGUUUCUGAAGUGACUGAGUUCAUCCUCGCUGGGUUAACAAACAAACCAGAGCUGCAGCUGCCCUUGUUCCUCCUCUUCCUAGCAAUUUACAUGGUCACAGUGGUGGGGAAUCUGGGCAUGAUCACCCUGAUAAUAUUCAGUUCUCAACUACACACACCCAUGUAUUAUUUCCUCAGUAGUCUAUCGUUUGUUGACUUGUGCCAGUCCACUGUCAUUAUUCCCAAAAUGCUGGUGAACUUUUUGGCCAUGAAGAACAUCAUCUCCUACCCUGAGUGCAUGAUGCAGUUCUACUUUUUUGCUAUUUUUGCUAUUGCAGAGUGUCACAUGUUAGCUGUAAUGGCAUAUGACCGUUAUGUUGCCAUUUGUAAUCCCUUGCUUUACAAUGCUGUAAUGUCCUAUCAAGUCUGUGCCUGGAUGAUAUUUGGAGUAUAUAUUAUGGCUCUGAUUGGUACCACAGCUCACACAGUCUGUUUGUUAAGAGUGCAUUUCUGUAAGGCCAAUGUAAUAAAUCAUUACUUCUGUGAUCUUUCCCCACUCCUGGAACUCUCUUGUUCUGAUAUUUUUAUUAAUGAAGUAGUAGCUUUAUGCUUCAGUGUUUUCAAUAUCUUUAUUCCAACUCUGACAAUUCUAAGCUCUUACAUCUUCAUCAUUGCCAGCAUCCUCCGCAUUAAAUCCACUGAAGGCAGGUCCAAAGCCUUCAGCACCUGCAGCUCACACAUAUCAGCUGUUGCUGUCUUCUUUGGUUCCCUUGCAUUCAUGUACCUACAGCCAUCAUCAGUCAGCUCCAUGGACCAAGGGAAAGUGUCCUCUGUGUUUUAUACCAUUGUUGUGCCCAUGCUGAACCCCUUGAUCUACAGCCUGAGAAAUAAGGAUGUCAAAGUUGCUCUAAAUAAGGUCCUUGAAAGAAUUUUUUCUUGUGAACAAAACUGAUUUUUCUUUAUUAAAAUUCUUGUUUACAGGGCUGGCAAACAGUGCAGCUUGCUAAGUAUGGCCAA